UCACGGACAGUUCAUUGGAAUAGCUACGGUUUUAUUGUAUGAGUUGUUACACACCACCUAGCCCCAGCACCACCCUUCCCUUUUGUUGUGUACCUUUCCGCUUCAAAAAUAGAUGUCCUACAAAAGGUUAUUUCUCCUUUGGCAUCUGACAGAGUGACACACGUGCUAAUGGGGAGGGAGUGUCCGCACUCGAACAGGAUUGCUAGAGGCAGAGCUGCAGCACAGCUUUUAACCUGAGAAUACUCAAAGCAAGCCCAGAGAGGGAUUGCGAUACAGAAUUGGACACAAAAGUACCAGUCAAGAUUCAAAAACACGUUUUGAAGUGAGGCGUGAAUUAUAUCUUGUGUACAGUAUUGUAAGAUGGCUAGCUGUUCGUGGACUGUGUUCUGUUUUUCGGUACUUUGGUGUUUUGGUGCCACCGCUGCCCGUAGAUCAGCUGCUGAGGACGGUGGAGUUCUGGAGAAGAUAAGCAGCGCCAGAUGCAGCUCCCGCUGCCUAACGCUGCACAUCACACAACUCAGCGCUUCUUUCAGAAAUCUACAGAAUGAUGAGAUUCUGGAAUGGUGUGAAAAUCACAGAAGAUGCUCACAGUGCUUACGACCAUGCAAAGAAAUAUGGGAAAUCAGAAGAACUCUGUCCAACAAAACAUGUGAGAAGCACCAUGAAUGUGUGACAAGCUCGGAGUUCCUGAAGUCUAUCCUGAAUCUGAAGCAGGGGGACUGCCCGCCUCCUCAGAAGGCCUCCGGGUUUGCGGCUGCCUGUGUGCUGAGCUGUAGUGCCGACCGCCAGUGCCCUGGCUUCAAGAAGUGCUGUUCCAAUGGCUGCGGGUACACCUGCCAAACCCCAGCCAACCUGUUCAAAGGAGUCCCAUUAAAACCCAGGAAAGACUUGGCCUUCCUCGAAGAUGAAAAUGGGGUUGUGGAAGUCUCCUGGAUGUCAAAGUUCAACGUUUCUGUUGAACCAGUGUUUUAUGUCCUGCAAAAAAGAUGGAAUUACGGCAUACACCCCAGUGAAGAUGAGUCGACAGAAUGGCAGACAACAGCUAUGACAACAGAGGAUCACAGUAACCUGAAAGACAUAAGGCCAAACAGAUGGUACCAGUUCCGAGUUGCUGCAAUCAACGCUCAGGGCACACGCGGCUUUACAACCCCGAGCAAGCAUUUCCAUUCCUCUAGAGAUCCUGUGCCUCCGAAGAUGCCAAAGAACGUAAGAAAUGGAAACUUCACAGUCCGACCUGACGGCACUGUAGACGUGGUGAUCUCCUGGGAUCCUCCUCAGGAUGAGGACCUGUCUGUCCACCACUACAAAGUCUCCUGGAGUCAAAGAGUACAGAGAAAACACGUGCUGCUGAACAAAAGAGACAGCUCAAAACUGACUGGAGGAAAUGCAUCUGAAAUACUCCUUGAAAGGCUCCAGCCCAACGUGGAUUACCUGAUACAGGUACAAGCGAUAGCUUACUGGGAACAGAAGCGCUUGAAGAGCGUCAAAUCCCAGCUCGUCCUCACUACAACUCACACAGCAGAUACAGACGCCAACUCUCUCCAUGGAAGCUCAACUGGGGAAGUGUCUAAUGAAUUGCCAAGUACUCAUGUUGUACCGAGCAUCAGGAGACUGGAAGCUGCAGCUCCACACUAUCAUAACAACCAGCUACAAGUUAAGGUCUUCUGGAAGAAGGCCCAGGAAGAAACACUUAAAGACCCAUUCCUGCUAACCUGGUCCCCAGUCGUCUGCUCAAGAAAUAACACAAAGGCAGAAGAAAAGGCAAAUGUGCUGGGCACGCACUUUGUUAUCACUGGCCUCGCGUUUGCCUGCAAGUACAAGGUGACAGUGCAGCCGGUCUCCGUGAUGGGCCAGGGAGCAGAGGCUGUGACCUAUGUGACCACCCCACAGUGCAGUUCAGUGAAGAGCAAGGGGGCUACAGCUCUAUCCUGCUUAAGAGAUGAGCACCACCAUCUGGCCAGAAAAGUAAUGCUUAGACCAGUAAAACUGACAGCUGCUUUCAAGACUGUAAAUGGGUCGAUCCUUGGAGAGUUUCAUUGGCAGGUGUUUCAGAACCACCCCACUCAGGAGUCUGUGACUGGUUACCAGUUCAGGUGGACGCAGCUCUCCAGGACCAGCAGAACCAGUGCAGUACCAGACACAGUCAUCUCCCAAACCCAGAUACUGUCCCCUGACCAGCCUUUUUUGAUAGUUGAAGAUCUUCAACCAGUGACACUCUACAGAGUCCAUGUUCAUGUGCUUUCACAGGGUGGUAAUGGACCAGCAACUGUCAAUACUUUCCAGACCCCACAGCUGAACAACACAGCCCGAUGAGGGUGACUCUCCCCAAACAUCUGAAUGAACAUUUCUGAACCUCCAUGGGAACCUGUCACUGUGCUGAACUAAAGCUUCUUUUUAGAUACUGAUAUUAUCCUGACGUUGAUGAUUUUUGACAUACAUAUACAGAGACAUUCCAUGAAAACUGUAUGUUUGUUACGCUGAGAAGUAAACCAAUUUUAUCACCAAAAAGCACUAGGGUUGCCAGUAGUGAGAUAUUGAAGAUUUGAAUGUAACAAACUCUACAUUUAAUGGCCCAAAAUGAAAAAAAUAAAAUUUUGUAUUAGCACUGAGGAAUUAGUAUUGUAGUUAAUAUUUUUAUACUUUUAGUCUUGCCAAAAAAAUAAAUAAAAUACAGUCACUGCUUAAGAACGUUAUAAUGAUUUUAUCAAUUGUUCAACAGGAUUGUACCUUAUUGUGACAAAAGAACAUACUUUAUAUAUUUAAAAUCUCUAUGGUGUACCUUGCACUAUCCUUUUCCUCAUAGAAAUGUAUCAGAUCGGCCAUUACAAUUGUAGAAAACACAAUUGGGCUUUAUUAUUAUUUUAAAUAUACUCACUUUGGCUUUUAGCAUAACAAUAUCAAGGAUAAUGGCUCCCUCUAGUGGAUUUACCAUGGAGUUUACCAGGAAGUGUAAUUAAAAAGAAUAAAUUAAAAAAAAAUGCAAACCUUAAUGGUUCAGAAUCUAAACCCAGUUGUCGUUUAAGUCAUUAAUGUGUGUGUGUGAGUCGCUUAAGUGUAUUUUAGUGUUUUAAAGUAAAAUGAGAGGAUUGGAAAUAUUUUCAUAUUUAAAUGGUGGGAAUAUUUAGAUUGUUCAUUAUGUCAACUGAAAUGACUUUAAAGGGUUUAGGGACAAGUUGAAGAGGAAGUCUUUCUUUGUGACCAUACUGGAAAAGCCUCUAUGCGCCUUAAAUGAUCUUACUUUUGCUAUGAAAAAGGAUCCCACUUACCAUCUACAUGUUCUACAAGUAAAAACAGUGUUAUCUACAACAUGAAUCUUCACAAAAUAUUGUCAAGAAUUAUUAUGCAUAAAAUAUAAAAUACAUAUAUUUUAAAAACGUAUCUAGUGUCUUUCAAAGAAUAGUAAAUCUAACUUGAACUAUAUUUAACUAAAACUUUUCAAAUGUAUUUUAGAAAUAUAGUUAAAAUGGUCCAAUACACCGUAGUAUUGGCCAAAAAUUAGAGAUUGCAUGUAUUGUCAAAAUAUUUUUUUUAAAAUGCAUCUCCCUUCCCUGUAGUAGGAGCUUGGUUGGUAGAUGCUUUCAUGUCCCAGAUUAAUUGCUGAUGACUCUGUAGAGAAUAGACUGCUGCAGAUGUCCACUCUCAACCUCCCUGUUGGAGAGGGGUAACCCUAAGGAAUAGUCUAGUAUCUUUUCAAAUCACCCUUGCAGUUAAUUGAGUGCUGCCUAUGGUCACCCUAUACCCUACUGACAAUGUUAUGGCAGGUGGUUCUGUUUUGUUUUUUUCCAACCCCUGUAGAUUACAAAAAAGACUCAUUUUCUAGUAUUGGUGUAGUUCUGUACAUGGUGCCUAGUGAAGAAUCAAGUUCUGAUCGCUUUUGUCUGCUCUGGUGUAAGACUGAAUGAAUUGCGUGUAUCAGAUUAUAAUUUAUCAUGCUGCUUGUUGAUUACAAACAGGGUUAUUUCAUGGUGAAGUUAUAAUCUAAAAUGUCAUAUAUUGUCAUGUUGAAUUUGUAAUAAAUAUGUUAAUCUGUUAUAAGGGCCUUUCAUAUUUUGUAAUACCUAAUGCAGUUUGUAAUACCAAGUAUCUCAUUGUGUAAUAAAUAAAGCAGCAGUACACACUGUGACUUGGCCUUCUACAAACAUGUUCUGCUUGAAACAAAGCCUUCUGAACGCUGGUAGAAGUGGAUAUUGCAUCAACUGUUUCUUCCAUGUCUCUGUGUUUAUUCUGACUUCACAUUAAAUGUGUUUGUAUUAUAGCAUAUUUUCUUUCUGUAAAUAUUGCAUUUGCUGUUAUGUAUAAAAGUGUACAUCGAUACCUCAAAUAGU